GAGAGGGAGAGAGAGGAGUGUAAUGUGUGUGUAUGUGAGUGUGUGUGAGUGUGUGGAUGAGGAGGGCUUUCUCUCUCCCUUUCAGUAUUCAGUUAAUCCUUCUGUCAGUUAAUGUUAAGGCAGCAUUUUAAGUGCUGGAUAGGGAAAGAAAGAAGAGCCAAAUAGCAGCAGACACAGCAGCCAAGGAAGAGAGGAGAGAACAUCACAGAGCAGGACUGGAGCAAAGGAAUUAACCACAACAAUAAUAUAUAUAUAUAUAUAUUCAUUAAUAACUGCAAUUCAUAUCUAAGCCCCCCCAACUCGCUACCAUAGCUGGAACCUCCCCCACCACCAAGCCAGGCCUGGGGGGACAACAGAGGAGAAGACUUCAAAAACAGAGAGAAAGAGAAAGGAGGAGGGGAGUCCCUUAAAUCUAUUUUUUGUUUUUUUUUAAUUUUUUUUUUUACUGGGAAGUAGGGUUAAUCUUCUUCUCUUCGCCAAUGCAAACGGAAAUAUGCUGCGCUUUUUUGCCUAUUUCUGCACCGGCUUUCUAGGGGCAGUGCUUGGGGUGAAUUUCCCCAACCAUAUCCAGAUAGGGGGGCUUUUCCCAAACCAGCAAUCCCAGGAACAUGCCGCCUUCCGCUUUGCUUUAUCCCAAUUGUCGGAACCCCCCAAGCUGCUGCCCCAGAUCGAUAUUGUGAACAUCAGCGAUAGCUUUGAAAUGACCUACACUUUUUGUUCACAGUUCUCCAAAGGGGUUUACUCCAUAUUUGGAUUUUAUGACCGGAAGACGGUGAACAUGUUAACCUCUUUCUGUGGUGCUCUACACGUCUGCUUCAUCACCCCCAGCUUCCCAGUAGUCACUUCCAACCAGUUUGUCUUGCAGCUGAGGCCAGAGCUCCAAGAUGCCCUCAUCAGUGUUAUUGAGUAUUAUAAGUGGAAAAAGUUUGUUUAUAUUUAUGACGCAGACCGAGGUUUGUCAGUCCUGCAAAAGGUUCUAGACACAGCGGCUGAGAAGAACUGGCAGGUGACAGCUGUGAAUAUUCUUACCACCACCGAAGAGGGUUACCGCCUACUCUUUCAGGACCUAGACAAGAGCAAAGACCGGCAGAUUGUGAUAGACUGCGAGUCAGAGAGGCUGAAUGCAAUACUAACCCAGGUAGUUGUAAAGCUGGAGAAAAACAUUAUCGGAUAUCAUUAUAUUCUCGCAAACUUGGGUUUUAUGGAUAUUGACAUGCAGAAGUUCAAAGAAGCAGGUGCCAACGUGACAGGAUUCCAGCUGGUGAAUUACACAGAACCCAUGGUAUCCAGAAUCAUGCAGCAGUGGAAGAAUUAUGAUGGACGGGAACAACCUCGCUUGGACUGGAAGAAACCAAAGUACACCUCUGCCUUGACUUAUGAUGGAGUAAAAGUAAUGGCCGAAGCCUUUCAGAGUUUAAGGAAACAGAGGAUAGACAUUUCUCGCCGUGGGAAUGCUGGGGACUGUCUAGCAAACCCUGCAGUGCCAUGGGGGCAAGGAAUAGAUAUCCAGCGGGCAUUACAACAGGUUCGGCUGGAAGGGCUAUCAGGGAAUGUCCAGUUCAAUGAGAAAGGCCGUCGGACCAAUUAUACACUGCAUGUGCUUGAGCUGAAACAUGAGGGAAUCCGUCAGGUUGCACAUUGGAAUGAAGAUGAUAAACUUAUCCCAUUGGCAACAGAUGCUCAAGCUGGCAAUGACACCAUUGGGGUUCAAAACCGGACAUACAUUGUCACCACAAUCAUGGAGGCUCCCUAUGUUAUGCUGAAGAAGAACGCUGAUCAGCUAGAAGGCAAUGACCGAUUUGAAGGCUACUGUGUAGAGCUGGCUGCAGAGAUCGCCAAGCACGUUGGCAUCAAGUACAAGCUGGAAAUUGUGAAGGAUGGAAAGUAUGGAGCGCGGGACUCUGAUAUGAAGGCUUGGAAUGGCAUGGUGGGAGAGCUGGUGUAUGGGAGAGCCGAUUUGGCUGUUGCUCCCUUGACAAUAACACUAGUCCGUGAAGAGGUUAUUGACUUUUCCAAACCAUUCAUGAGCCUGGGAAUUUCAAUCAUGAUCAAGAAGCCUCAGAAAUCCAAGCCUGGAGUUUUUUCCUUCCUGGAUCCACUGGCUUAUGAAAUCUGGAUGUGUAUAGUCUUUGCAUACAUUGGAGUCAGCGUGGUUCUCUUCCUUGUGAGUCGAUUCAGCCCAUAUGAGUGGCACAAUGAGGAGUUUGAAGAAGGAAAAGAGCAGCCGACAAAUGAUCAGACUAAUGAAUUUGGCAUAUUUAAUAGCCUGUGGUUCUCUUUAGGAGCAUUUAUGCAGCAAGGAUGUGAUAUAUCCCCAAGGUCUCUCUCAGGACGAAUUGUUGGGGGUGUCUGGUGGUUCUUCACUUUGAUCAUUAUUUCAUCUUACACGGCAAACCUAGCAGCCUUCUUGACAGUUGAAAGGAUGGUCUCACCUAUAGAGAGUGCGGACGACUUGGCCAAGCAAACUGAAAUAACCUAUGGGACCCUUGAUUCUGGAUCUACUAAAGAGUUUUUUAAGAGAUCAAAAAUUGCUGUGUUUGAAAAGAUGUGGACUUACAUGCGUUCCGCAGAACCCUCCGUUUUCGUAAAAACAACCGAGGAAGGGAUGAAUCGAGUGAGAAAGUCAAAGGGCAAAUAUGCUUACCUUUUAGAGUCCACCAUGAAUGAGUACAUUGAACAACGAAAACCCUGCGAUACCAUGAAGGUGGGAGGUAACUUGGACUCCAAGGGAUAUGGCAUUGCAACUCCCAAGGGGUCGCCACUGAGAAAUCCAGUAAACCUGGCAGUGUUAAAACUGAACGAGCAGGGGCUUUUGGACAAAUUGAAAAACAAAUGGUGGUACGACAAGGGAGAAUGCGGCAGCGGGGGAGGUGAUUCCAAGGAUAAGACAAGUGCACUGAGUCUCAGUAAUGUUGCCGGUGUGUUCUACAUUCUCAUCGGAGGUCUGGGAUUGGCCAUGCUUGUUGCCCUUAUCGAGUUUUGUUACAAAUCAAGGAGUGAAUCCAAAAAGAUGAAGGGUUUCUGUUUAAUUCCGCAGUCAACAGUCACAGAAACAGUCCGGAUGGCAACUCUACCCAGACCUUCAACAGCAGGAGGAAGCGGUGAGAACGGGAGAGUGGUCAGCCAUGACUUCCCCAAAACCAUGCAGACGAUUCCUUGUAUGAGCCACAGUGCAGGAAUGUCUCUGGGAGCAACUGGGUUAUAAUACCAGCAGACUUCAUGCCUCCUAGUGAAGUAUUGACCCUUACCCUUCCAGUGCCAAAAAACCCAUGAAGGACAAAUCAUAUGGACUUGCAGCCACUCAAAGAUCUGUUUUUGCUUUUAUUUUGUCCUUUUGCCUCCAGCGGCACAAAAGAAAUCCAUCAGUAACUGCAAUAAAGAGCUGAAUAUUGGAAGAAUGAGGAGCCUACAGUGAGGGCUGGACAACUGAAUGUUAUCAACAGACUCUGAAUCCACUGCCCUUCAGCUCAAACAUUUUACUAUGUUCAGUUGUAAAUAUUUUUUUCAAAAUGUUCACCAUUUCCCUUUAAUUUCUUAAUUUUUCGGAUUGUUCCCUGCUUUCAUUUUCCAGUUUGAGAAACUGGAUUUGGAAUUGGAAGAAAUCCGGACACAGUAUCCUGGCACCGCCACCAAUAGAACGGGAGGCAUCAAGAAUAAUUAAGAACAAUAAAAAAAAAAAAAAUAGGAUGUCUGCCAUCUGAAUAGUCGAAAUAAAGGAGACUGUGUCAUUUAAGGAAUGGUCUCAUCAGGCAAACAAGAUAAAAUAAUGAUUUUGAAACAUUAUUACUUAAAUAAGUUCGCCACAGGUGAACAGAAGCAAAACAGAAGCAAAAAAAAAAUGCAAUUAUUAAAAAUGCAUUAUAAGCAGGUUUUAAAAAAGCCAAAACACUGGAAUUGUGAGAAAAUCAGGUCUAAUAUUAUCAGGGCUCUUAUAUGAGAUCUGUAAAGUAUUUAAUGAAAGUAAAAGUAAAUGGAAAGGAAAAGACUUAAAGGAACAUUGGAACAGUAGACGUUAUCAUGAAUUCCAACUCAAAGCCAUGAAUUAUUCAUCUGUUUGGACACUACAUAAAUAUUGGACUCCCAGGUGGGACCUGACUAAGUAUAAUCAGUGCCGCAACAACCCAAAUGCACCUGUUUUUGGUUCUUAGUAAAGCCAUAUUUUAUUUCAGUCUCCCAGCCCACUUCUUUUUUUCAUUCAGCUUCUAGAAUUGCCUGGAUUUAAUAUAUUCCGUGAAGUUGAAGAACCUAUCUCAAGUACUGGUUAACGUGCAAAAUUGAAAUUGGGAGAGUUUGGUUGCCAAUUAUUUGCCCCGAAGAGAUGCAAAUGCCAUGGACUGCUAGGGACACCUAAAUGGACUCAGAUGACCUCUAACCUAAUAUCAACAGGAAUUAGCAAGGUCAAUGUAUGAUAGAUAAUUAAUAUCAUACCCUCAUCCCUUUCCCAAACAACCUUUUUUUGUUUUUUGCUCUUCAAUCAAAACAUUGGUGUCCAUGGAGAAAUAAUCUUUUGAGAAGUUAGUGUUUUUGCAGUCUUUUACUUUAUAUGAUUCUGUUAAUUCCUGUUCUAAAGUGUGAAGCGUAUAAAGAAGACAGAUGCUUUUCCUUCGAACCUUUACUAAAAGUUUAUGUUCACCAGCUCGUAAAUGGGAACAUAUUCUUUACACUCAUUCCUCGGGUAUUCGGAGGAACUUUCCAGCCAUUUGACUCAAGGUGCCAUAAGCAGUUUGCUGCCUUGGGGCUUGAACUCUGAAAUGUAAAACGUGCAUUAUAUGAAGAUUUUCUGUUUUGCACAGAGAGCAUUGUUUGCUCAUUGACUUUGACUUGAAUAUAAGCGCCUACGGUGGGUAGGAGAUAGGACUACAAAUCAGCAUUGGAGAUGUUGAGUGUUCAUUCAUAAUUUGUAUUUUUACUACUUUCUUAAAAACAGCAGUGCGGAGACAAGUUUGGUUUUUAAAUCUGAGCGUGUCAUCCACAUGUAAACCCCAACCGCUUCGGGCAUUUCAUUCUGUUUUUUCUCCCUCUUUGAUACCUGGAUAUUUUCUCCAAAAGGCUGUAUUUGUUUUAGCUCUGAUGUCAAAAGUGCUAAGCGAGAUUCUGUUUGGUCAAAGAGAAGCAUCUUUUUCUUUGUUUUAUAGUUGUGUUGGAGGGACGUGAUUACUCUCUGCAGCAUCUCUUUGCUUCUUACGUAUCUCCUUUUUUUUGUUUGAGUUUCUUUUUUUCUUUCAAUUAAUAUAAAAUAGACGUGUUCUCUUUCA